AUGACUCUGAUGAAUGUAGCGUCUGUUCUGUUGGCCACGGCACGUGCACAUAAAGUUUUACCUGUUCCUGGCGGACCGUACAACAAAAUACCUUUUGGAGGGUCAAUUCCCAACUUGACAAAUCUCUCUGGCGACAACAAAGGUAACUCAACAACUUCUCUCAGUUUCUCGAUCUGUUCCUUACAGCCACCGACAUCGCUGUAUGUCACAUCUGGCUUCUCUUCAACAGUCAUCAUCGUCACACUAGGAUCGAUUCUUGGUGGAAGAGGCAGCUGGAUCUCGUACUUUGUUCUGUCCACACCAACUCUCAUUCCUUCUUCAAUGUCGGUCGGAGACACUCUUUCACCCAAUCCAACAACAAACUUGGCAAUUUGUUUGAUAUUUAUCACGUAUUUCGUUUUUGCGUCGGCCUCUUCUUCUGCGGAAGGCUCAAUCAUCUUGGUACACCGUGCCACUUGCAAUGGUUGUUCUUCGCUCAUUCUCUUCCGGUCAGCGGCCACAUCCCACAAGUUUGGACUCGAGAGACCGGUAUCGGACUCCUCAAUUCCAAUUUUCUCCUUGAUACGGCCUUCCAAUUCUUUCAGGUCUUUCUCAAUGUCGCGGAUCGACUGGCUGUAUGGAGCUGCUCCGUAG